AUUAACUCUCUCUCUCUCUUUCACUCUCUCACACACUCACCAAAACCUUAGUGAUUUUCAUUAAUCAUAUUUUCUUUGCUUCUAAAAAAUGUCAAAAACUAUAGUUGACGAGUGUCGUGGUGUUCUUCAUGUCUAUAACGACGGUUCCAUAGUUCGAACCUUAAACCCAGCUUUCAACAUCACAGUUCAAGACAGCGGUACUGUUUUAUGGAAAGAUGUUGUUUUCUCCUCAACACACAAUCUUCACCUUCGACUCUAUAAGCCAGCUAACUCAUCACCCUCCAAAAAGCUACCAAUCUUUUACUACAUUCACGGUGGCGGCUUCUGCAUCGGAUCACGAACAUGGCCAAAUUGUCAAAACUACUGCUUCAAGCUCGCUUCUGAGCUUGAAGCAGUAGUUGUUGCGCCUGACUAUCGACUUGCACCGGAGAAUAGGCUUCCAUGUGCUAUUGAAGAUGGUUUCAUGGCUGUUAAGUGGCUUCAAGAAGAAGCUUUGAAGAGUGAGAUGGAUCCUUGGUUGAGCCAUGUGGCUGAUUUUAACCGGGUUUUUAUUUCGGGUGACUCGGCUGGUGGUAAUAUAGCUCAUAAUUUGGCGGUUCGGCUUGGGUUUGGUUCGGUUGAGUUGGCACCGGUUCGGGUUAGGGGUUAUGUUUUGUUGGCACCGUUUAUUGGUGGAACCGUGAGGACCAAGUCAGAAGCUGAAGGACCGGUUGAUGCUUUUCUCAACUUGGAAUAUAUUGACAGGUAUUGGAGGCUUUCUAUACCCAUUGGAGAAGAUACUGAUCACCCACUUGUGAAUCCAUUUGGACCAAGAAGUAAGAGUCUUGAGGAAAUUGAUCUUGACCCAAUUCUUGUGGUGGUUGGAGAAAAUGAUUUGCUUAAAGAUAGGACAGAGGAUUAUGCAAGAAGGCUUAAGAAUUGGGGUAAAAAUAUAGAGUAUGUAGAAUUUGAAGGACAACAGCAUGGGUUCUUCACUAUUGAUCCAAAUUCAGAACCAUCAAAAGAAUUGAUGUUGGUCAUCAAGCAAUUCAUUGAGAAAUAUUAAGGGAAUAAUGUUUGAAUGCUUCAAACAUUUUAAUUGCAGUAGCUUUUAAGGUAUCUGAUUUUAGGUCAUAGAAACCAAAUAAUUGAUAUUUCCCACUAGCUAGUUGUGAUAUCUCUAUGUAUACGAAUUUAUGUAAGUUGUAUCUUUGAAAAUAAAGUGGGUGUUAUUUCAUUAUA